AUGAGGCCGGUCCCGGGCUGGCCCAGACACCCCGGCCCUGCUGCCCCCAGGUACCCCAUCACGCACUCCAGACCUGGCUGCUACGGAGACCGCAGCAGCCUCCCGGGCGUGCGCAGCUACGGGCAGCGGGCGGCCGACGAAGCGUACGACGCCUACUGCUACGCCAGGGAGCUCCAAGGGGAAGUGUUUCACGUGUCCUCGCCGGGGCGGCUCACGGCCCAGGGGGCCCGGCAGCAGUGCCGGAGUCACGGGGCCGUGCUGGCCACCACGGGCCAGCUGCACCUGGCGUGGCGGAGCGGGCUGGACCAGUGCGACCCGGGCUGGCUGAAGUGCGGCGGGGACGAGCCGGGCGUGCGGACCGUGUACCGCUUCCCCAACCGCACCGGCUUCCCCGACCCGGCCUCCAGGUUCGACGCCUACUGCUACAGAGACCCGUCCCGGCAGCUGGUUCCUGCCUCCUAA